AUGAAGACCUCUUUAAUCGCAUUAGGCGCCCUCCUCGGCCUAGCCUCGGCCCAGAAUGCCGUUGUGCACAACCACUGUGCUACCACGGUAUACAUUCAGUCGUUCCCUUAUGAUGGCAGCGCCCCCGGUCCUCUUACCACCGUCGCCAAGGGUGGAACCUUCUCCGAGAAGUUUAGAAAGUCUGGUUCGACCGUCAAGAUCGCCAAGACAAAGACACUGACUAGCCCCCUCUUCUUUGGGUAUUCGUUCUCAUCCAACCCGGACUAUGCCUACUAUGAACUGAGCACGGAGUGGGGUAAUCCCUUCGCGGCGAAUCCUAACUCGCUCAGCCCCGGAGACGGCUGUGAACUCUUCGACUGUGCGGCGAAUGAUCCCGGCUGCUACAGUACCCCUGCCCAUAAGAAGGUCUAUGGGUGCCCCCAGCCAGUCACUCUGACUGCGGACCUGUGUCAGUAA